AUGAAGGUCCUGUACACAAACGCAGCAGCUAGUGUUGAGGAGUGGCUCACCAAUGCUGAAGCUUCCCUAGAUUCUUCCGCUAGGAAGAUUGUUGGUCUUGAUGUUGAGUAUGACAAACUCGGUGGAACCUAUUUCAAUCCGAAGAAAGCUGCUUGUGAUCCAGCUAUGUGUACACUUUUGCUUGGGUUUUGCGUCGCAGAAGACCGCACCAUUCCAUCACGUUCAAAGUACUAUGUUCAUAAUGUGAAGGAUAUCCAGGAUAUCCAGGAAAUAUGGAGAGAUCCGGACAAAAAGAAGAAACUUCAAGGCCUGAAGGAUGUUGCUGGAGCUAUUAUAGAUCCAAUCUAUUUUGAGAUGAAGGAUGGUUUUGGAAGGGCAGAGCACAGGAUGUGGGCUAAUCCGCCGCCUCUACCGCCUAAGCAUUUGGAAUAUGCUGCACGGGAUGCAUAUGCAACCUACGAGGUUUAUCGAAGGCUGGAUUUGUUUGAGAGGGCUUCUUCUCCUUAUUCAAACAUCCCGAGAAGAAGCGUGGCGAGGGAUUGGUGA